AUGGAGGGUUUGCAGAGCAGCAGUGCAGUACCAGCAUUGACCGGUCGAGCUAAGCGACAAGACCAGAGCAAGAGCUCAGAUCCUCAAAUGACCGCAGAAGACAAGCGCAGAGCAAGGCUGAACAGAAUAAGCAAAUCUCAGAAGGACCAGCUCAAGAGAAUGGCCGGACACACUAUCAGGGGACCCUUUGGCGCAGUGGUGGAAGGGGAGCAAGGCAGAAUGAGAGAGGCCGCUCCUGAUGCUCACACAGAUAUAUGGCAAGAUACAACAGCGCACGCGCGCGGUGCGGUUGAUGUUGCCGAUGCUGAGAAGGACGAGUGGCUAGCCAACGCUCAGAGAGAAUUCAACAAGGUGAGUCCGGUGCUCUGCGUUUCAGAUGUCUGGCUUGUCCUGAUCGCAUCCCUGCUUUCUUAUGUCUCACCAGUUGCCGACGAAAGCUCCUCGAACCCUUGGUGCUUCCACUCAGGUAUCGCGACCAGCCAUCUCGCAGCCGCACGCCGGCCAAUCCUACAAUCCUACCCUGGAAUCACACGAUGCGCUCUUGGCCCGAGUGGGUGCCGAGGCUGUUGCGCACGAACACGAGCGGCUAAGGCAAGAAGCUUUCAAGAAGGAGUGGGAAGAUGGAGGCAAGAUCGCGAAAAUGGAUGAGGCCGAUGCUAAAAGGGUGCGAGGUAUGCUUGUCGGCGAUGAAGUUGAGCAAGAUGAUGAUGAUACUGUAGAAGGAGAAGCAGAAGCGGAGGCACCAGUCGUGAAGAAGGAUCCCAAGAGGAAGACGAGAGUGCAGCUGAAUAGAGCAAAGAGAGUCCGCCAUGAGGUGAGGAGCAUAGGACUGAUACGCAGUCACAUCCUCUGACGCAAGGUUGAUUGAGCUGACGAUGCAAUGCGGAACGUGCGCCUGUCAAACUUCUAGCAAACUCUCCGCCUUGCAGCCAAAGCCGCCAAGAUUCAACGUGCGCAGCUAUCCUCUCUUUCCGCCCUCAAGAAGGCAGCUCUCGAAGCCGAAGCGACGCGCGUCGCUUCGCGGCUGUCAAAGCUGUCUUCACGCGAGUCCAAAUUGUCAAAAGCAGGUUUGGCAGGUCAACGGCUGGGCAAGUUCAAAGUGCCAAAGUCCAAGGCGGAGGACGAUGUGCAGCUGGGAGAAGAAUUGAGCGAGAAUCUCCGGAGUCUGAGACCCGAAGGCAAUUUGUUCAGGGAUAGGUUCCAGAGUCUGACUGUUCGAGGAUUGAUCGAACCUAGGAUGAAGGUCACUGCUAGUGGAAGGCAUAAACGUGGCGGAAAGGGCAAGAAGACGUAUGAAGCGCACAGCUACAAACGAUUUGUGAGUGGCAGAAGAGGCGUAUCUGCUCUUUGGAGUCAUGACUGACUACCUCGCCUUCCUUGCGCAAUCCACUAUCAUCGAUCGUAGAUCUGA